UACGCUAUUGUACCGAAGAAUGAUUGUGAAACUUCAGACACUUUUCAACUGGUUUCCAUAAAGUUACCAAAAUCAGUCGACCAUGAAUGUGAAGCCAAAGAAAUGUCAGUAAUAUUUGAAGUCAUUCGUCGAUCACCAAAAUGUACAGCAGUGGGAAGAGAUGGUGAAUAUAUUUCCACAGUGAAUGGAUUAAGCCUCUUGGUCUAUUAUUUCAAAAACAAAAAGUGUUUCAGAUUCUUUAAGUGCAACAAGCAAAAAGGGUGCCAUAUAAUAUAUUCACUGUUGUGAAAUGCCAUCCUCGUGAAGACUGCAUAGCCACAGGACACAAAGAUGGCAAGAUUCGACUCUGGUGAAAAUUAUUCUGUAACAAUAUAACAGUAAGGCACACAUGUAUUUUUGUACCAAUUCUAUUUUCUUUGUUUAGGUACUGUGUUAUUUAGUGGUGGUGUUGAAUCUGUGCUGGUACAGUGGUCUUUCAGCUUGGAACAGAAAAAAGAAUUUCUGCCACGUUUAGGUGCAGCUAUUGAACAUAUUUCCACUUCACCUGAUGGCUCUCUGCACUGCACAUCACAUAAAGAUAACAAGAUAACAAUUAUUGAUGUGGGUUUAAAAGCAACAGGGAUCAUCCAAGGACUAGUAAAAGCAACGGGUGUAAAGACUGGUUUGAAUUUUGACCCUAGAAGCAAAGCCCUUGUUCUCAAUGGUAAACCUGGUCAUCUUCAGUUUUAUUCCCUUCAUGAUGACAAACAGCUCUUUAAUUUGGACAUUGUACAGCAAGAGUUUGUUCAUCAGUCGGGGCUCCAGUAUAUGGAUCUGGUCAAGGCAGCAUUCAGCAGUAAGGGAGAAUGGUUAGCAACUGUGGAAGAAUUACAAGGAAAUUCAGACACCCCUGAUGUGCAGAUGAAGCUCUGGGAAUUUAAUGAUCAGCUUCAGAGCUUUGUACUAAAUACCACAAUCAGUAUGCCACAUGAAGACAGAAUAACAUCCCUAGUCUUUCAGAACAGAGGUGAUUCGGAAGGAGGUUAUCCAGCUUUGGUGACUACAGGAAAUGAUGGUCUCUUUAAAGUCUGGUUACUAAGCGACAACUCAGACAUUUAUAAACAAAGCACUGGCUGGAGCUGUGAUUUUGUGGGUAGUUAUCACAGAAACAAGGCUCUUGGCUGCUGCUUCUCUGAAGAUGGCUCUCUUUUUGCUGUUGGAUUUGAAGAAGUUCUUACUAUAUGGGAGACAAGCACUUGGGACUUAAAACAUACCUUCUGCCAGCCACCAGGAAAAAUAAGGAGUGUGUGUUUUGGAAGAUUUAAUUGUUCCAAAUAUCUUGUUGCCUCAACUGACAGUGGAAUAAUAAAUUGCUGGGACCUGCUGACGUGUUCGUUGGCAUGGAGAGCUCAGAUUGAUGCUACAGUUCUACAGCCGGACAUAUUUUCAGAAAAUAUUGCUGCCUUCUCCUUUGCUUCUGGAAGCUCCAAUUUGUUCAUAUUCAGUCCUACGGAUCCUAUGCCCCUGUAUGUCCAUGAGAAUGUCUGCCAAGAAAAUGUUCAGUGGGCUGUGUUUGUGCCAAGGAUUGUACCCACAUCUGUAUCUUCAGCAAAGCACAGCUGGCUCGUUAGAUCUCAGCUUUAUUUCCUCACAGAAUCUCAGGACCUUUUAACGUUUAGCACAAAGUCCCCAGAAGAAAGCAUGGAACCAAUAAUUAAACAGAUGGCUUCAGAAGAAAGUUUACCUUACACACCUUUCUACACUUUGCUUCGGAAGAAGCAGCAACAGACUCAAGAUAAUCCAACCUGGGACUCAGAGAAAACUCACCCUGCUGGACAUACAACUCAGACAGCUGCCGUUAAAGAGCUUCUUCUUAAUACUCCAGCUCAUGUACUUCCACCUCCAUCCGUUUUAUGUAAAAUGUUUGUGAACUCCUUAUUGAUUGCCAAGCCGAAUAAAUGCCCAGAGCCGGUGAGCAAAGAGGUAGAAAUGGAAAGUGAAAAUGCAGAUGCUGAUUCAGAUGAAGAUCUGCAGGAAACGGCAGAAAGUCAAGAUCCUGUUCCCUCUAUUAUCCCCACCAAAUAUGCUCAACUAUCCAAAGCCCAAGAAAAAGAACUGAAAAGGAUACGAAAGACAGAUUUCAGCUGGGUAUCAGCUUUGUGUGAAAAUGUAUAA